AUGUCCACAUCCGAAAUGAAUACCCUCGUGCCUGUUACCCAGACCGCUGUAAGAACCGCAAGAAUGUCGAUGCCAAUUCCGGAAGGACUGAUCAUCAAUGGAACAAAGGUUCAUACAAUUGAUGAUAUGAUCAAAACCCUGCAAGGCUGUCAACAGAAAGACAAAUAUGACCUGGCACUCCAUUGUUAUGGGAAGCUGAAUGAAGUCCACAAGGUUGUUGGAGAUGGAAUUUGCAAAUUGUUCGACUAUGUUAGUUCUGAGGAACUAUGGAAAGGGCAUCAUGAGAGUCAUGCAGAGUUCCAGCAGCAAUGGGAAGAUGCCGUCAAGCUGCAGAAAAGAAAGGAGAAGGAUGCCAUGACGAUCGAAGGACAUCGGCGACGUGCGCUCACGAAGUGGGAUAACGGCAAUCCGGCAGGCAGAAAUACAGCGGAGUUCUUUCAAUGGGUCAUCAACCGCGCGUUCUCGGAGAAGGUUAGCAAGCUGCUGAAUACCGAUAUGUCCUACGAUGAUGUCAAACUCUCGAUCAACAACUAUGUCAUCAAGCGGUGUACCUUCGGAAAAGGAAGCGGAAGCCUGAAAUCAAAGCAUAUGGAACCUAGCGACCUGACCAAUACCUACAACUGCCGUAUCUUGUCGCCGAUAACGCAGGAUCAACUGGAUCGCGCAGGUCUCCAACUAGAUCAGGAUGGUUUCGUCUGCCCGAGAGGCGAAGGCUUUGACCUCCCUCUGAUCGAACCUCGAGCUACUACCUUGCCUCCUUCCCCUGAGAAGAGUGGUUCGCGGCCAGAAACCAUUACUGCUGCUGAAGAAUCUGAGGAUCAAGAUAUGGAUCAUGAGGAAGAGGAAGCUGAUAGUGUACACCUAAUCGACGCCCCGAAGAUGACUGAUGUAAUGGAUAUUGAUACCGACACUGAAUCAGAGAGUGAAAAUGACCACCCAGAUGCCGAACAGUCUCCGCAACAUGCACAAACUGAUCCUGCUGCUGAAGAGAGUGAUGAUGAAAUCCUUGUUUCGACCAACGAACGUGCAAAAUGUGGAUGUUUGCUACGCCCGACUACAUUGGUUAGAGCCCUCAAGGACAAAGACUUCUCGAAACGAAGGAACGGACUGAUUGCUCUGCGUAUGAUUGGCAGAAGACUAGCGAGGUCAGAAGGCAUCACGAUCAGCACCCUCUGCAACCAACAUGCUAAAGCAUUAGUUGAUGCGGUACAAAUGACGAGUGCUUCGAAAAACCAUCAGCAAUUAGUCAACCGUGUCGCCCUGUCAUAUCAGCACAUUGGUAAAUGGGAUCAAUUCAUGAAAGAUCACCCCCGAUGGUUCAGUUUCCGGCAGGAAAACAGUCUCGGCUUCCAUCGCUUCCGCCCUCAGCAUCAUGCUCCGCUUAUCUCUGACUUUGUGUCUUGUACUGAAUGGCUAUCGGUGGAGACUUUGAUCGACAGGAUCUAUGCAGGAGAGGCUCCAGACAUUAGCCCGGCAAAUGACAUGCACAACGAUGGCAGUACGGUAUUGCCGAACCUUUUCUCAUGGCUUGGAGAGGAUCUCGACGGACGACACCCGGAAGGAUUAUGGCCGCUUAUUCACCAGGAAUUUCGAAUGUACCAUUAUCAUCUAAGCGAUGCAACAAAAGAGCUUGGGUGGCUUCGCGGCAUGUGGCACUCGAACAUUCAGCAGUUGAUUCGACAAGACCUGUCCUACUACAUGGCAUAUGUCUUUUUCCGGCCAGACCAUGCAUGGCGUCUGAUCUCGCAUCCUUAUUACAUAAAAAGUACACAGGCUGGCGAACACACUGAGUUCCGGCACCUUGACAUCAAUAUCCAGGAUUAUCUUGACAGCCAGAGAGGUAGUAGCCUACUACAAGGAUCAGUAUCUUUCACGCAAGAGGACGAACAGAACUGUACCGUACUGCUGAAAGGUAUGCAUAAGACAGAACGUCUGGCAAAAUGGUGGAAGGAUAUCCAGUCCCGUGGACCCGUUGGAGACGGCUUUAUCUCGGGUAUCAAACCUUUCAUGUGGAGGAAGGAGGAUGAGGAAACAUAUGGCACCCAAUGGACAACGGAGGUUUGUGGUGUCGGUGAUGUGCGACUUUCUCUUCCUAUGUUGCCUCAUGGAUCGACAGGCCCUGCCACACGAGUACGCCGAACCGGACUCCCGUGGUACACAGCGAUCCAGGAUGACCAUGAAACUCUGGACUGUGCAGAGUCGAAUACCUGGGAGGAGCUGGCAGAGGCUCAUCGUACACUAAUGCCUGCAUCCAAGACGCCCUCCGGUUAUUCCUCUUCUCGGUAUGGUACAAUCCCGUUUCCCUUUGCUGCCGGAGUACAUUUCCGGACGGCCCGACACGGGAUUCCGAAUUGUUUGGUAGGCCGACAGAGAUGGGAUAGUCCCUCCAUAUGCAUGGAAUUAGAUGAUCUCUUUGGAAAAGACCCUGAGGUUGCGAGAGCAAUGGUUCGCGACUGGCGAGAGGAAGCUUGGUAUGAGUACCUACGCUGCUUCGAACUGACCAAACGCUUAGAGAAGAAGGAAUACGGCAAAAACUCAUUCUUCUACCGUAUUGAGAAGGGCAUGCUUGUUGACGACCAAGAACUGGGUCUGUUGCCCGAUGAGCCUGUUCAUGCUCCUGCUGAAUCUCAACCACUAUCGAGCAUGCAGCAACCUACUCCUGAGGCGGAGGUUGGCCAUCCUCAUGGCGGCUAG